AUUAACACUGCCGGACGUACGAUAACAUCCUGUCUCGGCUCUUCAGUGUGUCUUGAGUAAAUCCUACUCUACCGCCAGUGUUAUCGUGGAGAAAAGAUCUGCUGCAAAAUGAUAACACCUUUACUUGUGUCGACUUUCAUUUUAGUGGCUCAAGGAAGAACCGUUGCCAACGACGGUCUUCCAGGCGAUGUUUGUGAAAUGGGCGUUGGGGUUUUUGGUCGUUGUGAGGAAGUAGGGGCGUGUCUUAAAGAUGGCGGCAUUGUUCAGAGGUCAGAUCAAGUGAACCUCUGCAAAGGUCAAGAAGGAGGUUUAUACGCCUGCUGCAGGAGACCUCGAGUCGUAGCCAAGGAAUUGUGCGAUGCCUGGCGACAUUACUGGAGAGGGGCGGACGGAGAGUGUGAGGUGGAACAUCCCCUCAUCAUCGGAGGAACCACGGCCAAUCUAGGAGAAUUUCCACACAUGGUUCUCUUCGGGCGUAAAUUCAGGUCUGCUGUCGUCAACUACAAUUGUGGAGGCACUCUUGUAUCCCCACAUUUUGUCGUUACUGCAGCUCAUUGUCUCCUGAAUCAUGUAGAUGGCACGACGUACUGGGUAAAACUUGGAGAACACGACUUGGAACACGAUGCCACGAACGAACAAAGUCCAAUACUAAAGGGCUCCAUCCCAUCUUCUGUCUAUCAGUCACAAACCCUGAGGGAGGUCCCUCAGGAGGGAGCUGCUCCUGUAGAACAGGUCAUCCAAGUGGUGCAGCAGUUCAUCCAUCCUUCGUAUGACCUCUCUUUCAACUACCACGACAUCGCCCUUCUUAAGCUAGAUACCCCAGCAAAAUUCACGAAGCGAGUCCUCCCAGCCUGUCUGCCCUUCCAGUACCCGGAAGAAGACUACGUUGACCAAAGGCUCUCGGUGACCGGCUGGGGUCACACCUCAGGAAUUCGCCAAAUGUCCAGGACACUGCAGAAGGUGAAAGUUCCGGUCAUUGAUCGACUGACGUGCUCGUUCACAAAUGUCAACAACAGGAAAACGCCCCUGGGAAUCACUGAGGACAUGUUGUGCGCCGGAGAGCUCGGCAAAGAUUCCUGUGGGGGUGACAGCGGUGGCCCCCUGACAACCCAAUUGGCUGUAGAGGGCAGUGUUUGCGAACACACUCUAGUGGGCGUCGUCAGUUUUGGCAUCGGUGUGAGAUACAACCCCUGUGGCGCCCUGGGUGUUUAUGGGCGUGUAUCGUCUUACCUAGAUUGGAUCACCGGCUAUAUUGCCCCUAAUAAUCCUUCCUCAUUAUAAUGUUCCCGUCAAUAUUAGGUCAAGAAAUCUUCGUACAUUAUAAUCUUAAACUCAACAGAAAAUGUUUUGAACUCAACAGAAAAUGUUUUGAACUCAACAGAAAAUGUUUUGAAUUCAACAGAAAAUAUUUUGAACUCAACAGAAAAUGUUUUGAAUUCAACAGAAAAUGUUUUGAACUCAACAGAAAAUGUUUUGAAAAACGCAAAGGUUCAUUUUCUUCUAUUGUAAUGAAAUCCUUAUCACAUUUAUUCAAUAAUAAAAAUGAAUAGACCUAA